AUGCGGACAAUGAGGAGCUUUAAAUCUCUUACAAACCCUUUCUCCUCCCCGCCUGCCUGACGUGCCCUGAGGUCAGGGCAUGACGACAUGGCCAGUGAUGCCCAAAGCCCUGCACCGAGCCUAAACCGCCUCCUGCUGCUGCUGCCACCAUCAAACCCCUCCAGCAGUGACCCGUGGGGCUGUAAAUCCCCUCACCCGUCCCCAGCAGCCACCAACAGGCGGGAUUUGUGUCCCAGCAGCAAAGCUUAGCACAAGGUGUGCAGCUCGUGGGGAUUAUCGAACCCUUCGUGCUGCACCAGCCCAUCUCCAGCCGGCCUGACCGCGACACCCCUAAACCCUGACCGAGGGAAGCUCUCACCCCGCUCCUCGGUCCCAUCCGAGGCUCCGGGAGCGCCGUUAUCCCCAUGGCAUGUGAGCGGGAGCCGCAGGAUCCAGCGUGGCAGGGAUCAGGUCUCGUAGCCAUGGCAGCGGGGUAUUUAUUACAGCCUCACUCCACCCCGGACUUUAGCCCUUAAUCGAGUCGGAAAGCAGCAGCAGCCGCCUCCGAUCCCCACGGGCAGCGUCGAACACAAGGGAAGCCCCAAGAUAAUGGCAAAGUUUCUGUCCCAGGAUCAGAUUAAUGAGUUCAAGGAAUGUUUUUCCCUCUACGACAAGAAACAAAAGGGGAAGAUAAAGGCCUCGGACCUGAUGGCAGUGAUGCGGUGCCUGGGAGCCAGCCCCACGCCUGGUGAGGUGCAGAGACACCUCCACUUGCACAGGAUCGACAAAAAUGCAGAGCUGGAUUUCUCCACUUUCCUGAAUAUCAUGUAUAGGCAAAUGAAGCAAGAGGAACCCGAGAGCGAAAUCCUCACCGCCUUGUCCAUGAUAGACAGGCAGAAGAGAGGCGUCAUCACCGUCUCGGAGCUGAAAGCCAAGCUUACGAGACUAGGAGAGAAGCUCUCCGAGGAAGAAGUUGAUGACCUGCUCAAAGAAGCCAAAGUUGGACCAAAUGGAACAAUCAAAUAUGAAGAAUUUGUCCACACGAUUUGUCUUCCAGCAGUUGACUACUAGAAUUUAAACCAAGAUUUGGUAAGAGCAGAACCCGAGACUUUUUUUACUUCAAUUUUUCCUACUUACUACUUGGACUUGGGAACCAUCAUUUGCCUUUAAAAUCCCUUACUUUGCCUUCACGACAGUGCUCACACUCACACAGGAUCCCACCCCAUUCCUGGAGAUGAAUGUGAGCUGUUAUUUAAAUAAACUGCAUGUAACAUUCCCUUGUGAAA